AUGUGUCACGAAUUUGAUGUCGCCAAAUGCGUUUCUUGCCUAUCAACGUGUAUUUUCCCCGAUAAAACUACUUAUCCCAUAGAUGAAACGAUGGUUCAUCUGGGUCCUCCUCAUUUCUCCAACUUUGGGUAUUCUUAUGCUAAGAGAAUGAUUGACGUUUUGAACAGGGCAUAUGCACAGGAUUAUGGUCGGAAAUUCACAUCAGUCGUUCCCUGUAACGUUUUUGGACCUCACGACAAUUACAAUCUCCAGUCUAGUCACGUUAUCCCCGCUCUUAUUCACAAGACUUACAUUGCCAAAAAGGAAGGGAAACCGCUAGAGGUCUUUGGAACGGGUCGUCCCCUUCGUCAGUUCAUAUACUCGCUUGAUUUAGCACGGCUUUUCGUCUGGGUACUUCGCAGUUACGACGAAGUAGAACCAAUCAUUCUUUCGGUAUCUGAGGAAGACGAAGUUUCCAUAGCCGAUGCUGUGGAAGCAAUCGUGAAAGCCUUUGAUUUCCAGGUAACUUUCUUUUGUCCUUUUUGAUU